AUGGCAAUGGUCCAAGACUUGAGCGUCGUCGGCCAUGGGCGGCGAGCCGGGGCGCAAAAGGAGCGCGUUCUAGUCCUCACUCAAAAUGAAUUUAACAGGAUGGAAUCGAGUUUGACGCGUCGCGAGCGCGAGCAACAACAACGCGCUGCUCAGGCUGAAGCGAAGAGGGCCGCUUUCCAGCAAAGCAAAGAAAUCUCCUCGAAAUGGGAUAAUACUAUUGCCGGCCAGCGUAAAGCAAAACUGGCGGCAAAAAAGGCGCGGGAAGAGGAGGAAGAGCGAAUCAAGCAACUAAAAGACCUGGAAGAAGAAGAGUACAGGGCUGCAGAGCGAAGGCGAGUCAUCGAAGAUGCGAAAAAGAAGAUGUUUAACGCAACGGAUCGAGUCAAGGACUUUCACGCCGCAUUGACGUUCACAGAGGUCCUCAAAGAACGCGAAGUGCAGAUCGAGCACAAGAAGCGAUACGACGAGAUAAUGGCUUCGCGCGAUCGAAAUUGGCACUUGAAAGCCGAGCGGGAUCUUGAGGAGGCGGCUCAGCUCGAAGCUCAGCGCAACCUUGAAAGAUUGCAGAAUAAUCAAAUCUUUAAAAGGGGGCUGAUGGAGCAAGUGGCAGCGAAAAAACAAGUUAAUGAAUCCGAGGAACAACUUUGGAUCGAAGAAGGAAAAGAACUCGCGGAGCAAGCAGAAGCCCACAAGGAAAAGCUGCGGCUUGAACAGGAGCAACUCGCGCUCCGGAAAAAAGAAUUCGAAGAGGGGCUCAACUCCCAUUUGGAAACGAAGGCGCGGCUUGCUAAAGAAGACGAGGAUGAAGCUGUUCGGGAAGAGCAAAAAAGAAAUAUCUACGCUUCGACGAAAGACAAAAUCGCGAAGAUGCGAGCCCAACGACUUUUAGAGCUGCGAAAAGAAUCGCAACAAGCGCGUAACCGUAUGGCCGAGAAAUUAGCUGCCGAAUACAGAGAAGCAGAAGACGAUCUCGACGAAAGGAUAGAGGCUGCGCGUCUUGAAAAAGAAGCGAAGGCGGCUAAACGCGAAAUGGACGAAGCGAGCCAGCGAAGAGCGAGAAUCAAUUCUAUUAGCAAGCAUCGCCAGUUGCAGCUAGAGGUUGACAGGAUCGCGAAAGAAAUAGAAUCCAAAGAAUCAGCUGAGGAGCGCGUGCGCUUGCAAGCCUUGGACAGUGAAUUCCAAAAACAGGAGAAAGAAAAGUUCGCCAAUCGCCGAAAAGCGACGACGAAGCUCGCUACGAAUAACUUCGCCAAAUACGAAGCAGACAAGGCCGCUCGAGAAGCUUUUGCGAAAAAAGAAACCGAUUUUGAGAAGGUUGACGCGCAAAAGUACAAAAAGGAAGAAGCUGAAUUCCAGGAGUACGCCGAUAAGGUGAUUAUGGCGGCAGAAAAGGCGGAGCGAAACACAUUUCCUCUGAAAGUGGUCCGUGCACGAGGUCCAGGCGGCGGGCGUGGUCCGAUCGAUCCCAUCACCGGCAUGAGACCGUCUUAUUUGGCUGCGACGGCCGAUGCUAGGCAGCUGCCAACAUACAGGAAUCCCGAGACGCUUGAAAUUCGGAAGAACUUGGAGCCCGGCGUCGCCUCUGUUGGUAAGCAGCGCCUCGGCUUCACCUGGUAA